AUGAAAGUCAAAGAAAAAGAUAAAAAAGAAGAAACAGCAUCAUCAAGACGUCGACGAGGUUGGGAUGAUAGCGAUAAAAAAGAAGAAACCACUAGUGAAAAAGAAACUGAAAAAACGAAAGAUAAAGAUGAAACUGAAACAAAAAAAGCUGAUGAAGAUACAAAAGCAUCUGAGAAACCAAGUGGACGUCGACGUGGGGCUAAUUGGUGA